CCUCUCUCGGUCUGCCGACUUUCCAUCCCCGUCCUCCCGCGUGUUUCCCUCUCUGACGCCUCCCUCCCCCCGCAUCUUCCACGAUCAGUCACUCCACCAUUUACAGUCAAGUAAACCCUUUCCUGGUUGCCCAGCAUGGGCUUCUUCAGCACCCACGCGUCCGGGACGCAAGAUCCCCCAGAGGUGCGGAACUGGCGCAUCCACCUGAUCGCGCUCGUCGCCAGCAUGUCAGCCUUGGCUAUGGGUUAUGAUACCGCAGUCAUCGGGGGCACAAUGGCACUGGACUCCUUCCGGCGGGAUUUCGCCCUCGACCAGGUCGCCUCUACGACUCGCGACACGAUUCAAGGCAACAUUGUCUCGACAUUCCAGGCCGGUUGUUUUUUCGGCGCUCUCCUCACUUUCCCCAUCGCAGAGAAGUUCGGCCGCAGGAGAACAGUCAUGAUGGCCGGAGUGGUCUUUCUCAUCGGCGGCACCCUCAUGACCGCAGCAAACGGACACCUGAACCUGAUUUACGCCGGCCGCGCCAUUGCCGGCCUGGGAAUCGGCGCAUCCUCCCUGACGGUCCCCGUGUACAUCGCCGAGACGGCUCCGCCCUCGAUCCGCGGCCGUCUGGUCGGCAUCUUCGAGAUCGCAUCCCAGGGCGGCGGCAUGCUGGGCUUCUGGAUUAACUACGCCACGGACCGGACCAUCGACGUCAAGUCCGAGGCCCAGUGGAUCGUGCCCCUGGGCCUGCAGCUCGCGCCUGGCCUGGGCCUUGCCCUGGGAAUGAUCUGGUGCCCCGAGUCUCCGCGUUGGCUCGCGCGCGGCGACCAUUUCGACGAGGCCGAGAGGAUCCUGGUUCAGAUUCGUGGUCUCCCCGCCGACCAUGAGUACAUCCGCCGCGAGAUGAACGACAUCCGAACCCAGGUCGAGGAGCGCACCUCGAACCAGAUGACUCGGAAGCAAAUGUUCCAGAAGCUCUUCCAGAAGGGCAUCCGCAACCGCAUGGGUCUCGGAAUGGCACUCAUGUUCCUCCAAAGUUUCACUGGCGUCAACAUCAUCACAUACUAUGCCCCUAGAAUCUUUGAGAGUCUUGGCAUUUCUGGCACGUCCACAAAGCUCUUCUCCACCGGAUUCUACGGCAUCGCCAAGACCUUCGGCAUGUUCCUCUUCACCUUCUGGGUUGCCGAGAGAGUCGGCCGAAGGAAGGGUCUUCUCUGGGGUUCCGCGCUCGGCUGCAUUCCAAUGUGGUACAUCGGGGGCUACGUAAUGAAGGCUGACCCGGCUGGAGCUGCUGCUGCUGGAAUCGUUAACCGAGAUGGCUGGGGAUACCUUGCCAUGGCCUGCGUGUACAUCAACGGAGUCAUCAUUUGCGCCACGUGGCAGGGAAUCACGUGGCUCUACGCGUCCGAAGUACAAACUCUGGAGAUCAGAAUGCUGGCAGUAUCCAUCACGACCGCCACCACCUGGCUGGGUAGCUUCAUCAUCGCCCGGUCUACUCCGUACAUGAUCUCGGACCUUGGCUACGGGGCAUACUUCUUCUUCAGCAGUAUCCUCAUGCUCAUGGGCAUCUGGGCCUUCUUCUACGUCCCCGAGACCAAGGGCUUGACCCUCGAGGACAUGGACACCCUCUUUAUGAACCCUACGCACAAGACCGUGUGGGCUCAGAUGAGAGGCAGGCCCAUCGUGGCACCCGGCCGCGCCAGGUCGCCUUCCAUCACGGACGAGAAGUUUGAGGCCAAUAUCGAGGCCGCCCAGGUCGAGAGGUCCAGGUCAUGAGACUAGUGAAGGCCUUGUUGCGGCCCGGCAGUCGAAGACAAGGCAAACCGACCUGUUGUGGUUCUCAUUUUGUCAUCGCCUCAUCAUCCUUGUCGCGAAAGCGGUUUUGCUUUAUUUUUUAUAACGAAGUUGGAAGUUUGUCAACAAUUAUGAUCAAAGCUCGGUCACAAAGGAUGAUUGGGUUGGCUGGCCAGUCGCAAGUUUGGUCAUGGGCCUUAUCGCUGCUGGAAGGAUCCGAAGGAAAAAUACCCUGUAUCGAGGAUCAAGAGAUUACUGUGCGCCGUGUGCGGCCGCAAGUCCUCCAUGCUUGUCGCUUCACUUCUCUCCCUCUCUUUCUCUCUCGGUCAUGGAGUGAGGAUGGUCCAUAUCUCAACAUAGCGGACCGCAUUUCGGUUUGCUUCAACAGCAGCUCCGCAGGUGUCUGGGAUCUGCACGAUGCCUCCGCUUAAUGAAGUGGCGGAGGUGUUGUAGUUGAUACCCGUCAAAUAUCACAUCAUUUCCAGCCACAACUGAUAACGACGAUCAGCUUUCAAAAAAUGGUAGGCUUGUGAAUAAUAAACUGAAGUGAUGAGGGCACAUGAUUAGAUGAACUGUUGUUAGCAUUA